AUGGUCGGAUCCAAUCAGACCUCGUCCACGACGGCUUUUGUUCUCCUGGGACUCUCGGCCCGCCCAACGCUGGAGAAAACCUUCUUCGUGCUGGUCCUGCUGAUGUACCUGGUGAUCCUGCUGGGCAACGGGGUCCUCGUCCUGGCGACCAUCCUGGACUCCCGCCUGCACAUGCCCAUGUACUUCUUCCUGGGGAACCUCUCCGUCCUGGACGUCUGCUACACAACCUCCUCCGUCCCCCUCAUUCUCGACAGCUUCCUCACUCCCAGGAAAGCCAUCCCCUUCUCAGCCUGUGCUGUGCAGAUGUUUCUCUCCUUCGCCAUGGGAGCCACAGAGUGUGUGCUCCUGAGCAUGAUGGCAUUUGAUCGCUACGUGGCCGUCUGCAACCCCCUUAGGUACCCUGUGAUCAUGAACAGGGCUGCCUACGUGCCCAUGGCUGCUGGUUCGUGGGCAGCUGGUAUCAUGAACUCUGUAGUGCAGACCUCUCAGGCAAUGAGGCUGCCCUUCUGUGGGGACAACAUCAUCAACCACUUCACCUGUGAGAUCCUGGCUGUCCUGAAGCUGGCCUGUGCUGACAUCUCCAUCAAUGUCAUCAGCAUGGCUGUGGCCAAUGUAAUCUUCCUGGCAAUCCCGGUCCUGUUCAUUUGUGUAUCUUAUGUCUUUAUCCUGGCCACUAUCCUGAGGAUCCCCUCAGCAGAAGGGAGGAAAAAGGCCUUCUCCACCUGCUCUGCCCACCUCACAGUCGUGGUUGUCUUCUAUGGGACCAUCCUCUUCAUGUACGGGAAGCCCAAGUCUAAGGAUCCGCUGGGGGCUGACAAACAGGAGCUUUCAGACAAGCUCAUCUCCCUCUUCUAUGGGGUGGUGACCCCCAUGCUCAACCCCAUCAUCUACAGCCUGAGGAACAAGGACGUGAAGGCUGCUGUGAGGAACCUGAUGGCUCAGAAACACGUCACAGCGUGA